AUGCAAAAUGGCGUCCGACGAGGGCCAUUCAGCCGCGCGCUUCCGAGCCAGAGUGUCUCACCUCUAAUUAAACUGGGACUUCUUUUCAGCACUUCAUUAUGCGGAAUAAACGACAGGAUCGCGGGCGACACGUUCGCUAAAUUAAUUGUGGCGGAGGCCGAAAAGCUCGACGUAUACAUUGAGGUCCCUAAUGAAGGCCAGGUGGAGUGGCCGGCUAUUGAAGGAGUCGUGGAGAGGGUAGUUAUUGAAACCGCA